AUGUCGUCCCCGGCGGAUGCGCUCGGCAUCAAACGAAAGUUGAGUCCAGACUCGGAGACUUCGGCGCAGCCCGUCUCGAAACAGCAGAGAGGAUCACCUGCGACGAUACCGAGCACAGCAUUAAGUUAUCCAGUCCGUUCUCGCGACGACGACGAUAACCCGGGCACAAACCGCAAUGUGGCAGCAGGCAACGUCGCAGAGCAGCAGCCGAGUUCCAAUGAAGAGCGUGGAGACACAGAAACAUCUUCCUCGGCCAGUGCUCGUGGCGACAUGGGAGAACUAGGGCCAGGCAUCAACGUGUCCACGGGCUCCAUCGCAGAAGAACAUAACAUUGACGAAGAAAACCGUCAGACUCCGCUUACAACUGACGAUGCAGCUAAAGCUCACGCCGAUAAGAUCAAGGCUGCCACCACCAGACUUUUGGACCUCGGUCGAAAUCGAAGAAUUCAAGCUAUUUUCCAGGAGGCAGAACAAUCGAACCCUAGCCUGCAUCCUCGAUCAACCACGAUGCAAGAGUCAGGAUCACAAGUCCAUCAGGAGCCGGGAGCUCGCAUGGAGCAAGUGUCACGCCAGAAUGCAGAAACAACCACCGGUGCUGGUAUGGCCGAUAUGGCGACGCCGACAACCCUCCCUCUCCCGUCGACUGUCACAACUCAAGCGACCUCUGGAGCUUCAGGAGCCCCGGCCCGUCGAAGAGUCUCACGUCGAGCUAGGACUGCAGUUACGGCUCCGGCUAUCACAGCACCUGUCACUGCGCCGGCCGUCCCUGUCCCAGUCCCAGCCAUGCCUGCCACACCCGUCCCGGCCUUCGCCAAUCCGGUACCCAUGGCGCCUGCCCUACCUCUACCGUUUCAGCCAAUGCCGGUGCUUCCAGCACUGCUCGACAGCGUAAUGGCCUAUUUGCCGCCCGACAAUGACUCCUACGUCAAUCUGCUGACUCCGGCGGAGUUCGAGUCGGUGUCGCAGCAGCAUUGGCAACUGCUAGUGCCCCGAGUGCAGGGAAGGUUCAACCCAUUCAUACUCUAUGAUGACCAGAUUCAUUAUCUGCCAGGACACAGUGUGGAAGCACGGGUCCAGGCUAUGAACCUUGGUCUUUUCAUUCCGAGGAUCGACAUCAGCAUAACCAAUGUCACGGACCGGUGGAUUCAUCCAGCACACGGUGAGGACGUUGCCACACUCAGACAACUCAUUCCGGAAUACUACAGCACUCAGCUCUUCCUUCACUACCAGCUUCGAACGCUGCGCAAUGGGGUCGAUCGCGAUUUUGCCAUUGAAUGGUGGUGGCAAGUCACUCCUGAACGGGCCAGCCGUAUCCCUGUCACUCAUCCCACCAACAUGUUAGAGUUCGAGCGCUAUGUCUCGGCCUUGAGAGAUGAGGUCAGAUUCAUGGUCGAGCGACGACUUCCCCAGGGCUUCUUCCUUCCUCGGGUGCUGAUUGGUCGGUUUUUCGGUCUAGGUUGGUGGAGCCCGGUCUGA